AUGGAGCUGCCAGAGGAGGCACAGAAACAGCAGCUGCCUUUCACUGAUGCCUGGGAAAAGGCAUACUUACUCUACAAAGAUUCCUAUAGAUACUCUGGUGCCUGCCGGUCCCCGCCGCCCCCGCCCCCGCUUACCGGGACCGUCAGGGUGCGGGACGCGGGUCCGGGACUGGCGGACUCUACACCGCGAACCCCGCGCCGCCCAUGGCCGUUCGGGAGCCGGCGUGCUGGGGCCAAGCGCCGGGAGCAGGCGGCGCGGGCGGAGCAGCAGGCUGAGGCGGCAGCGGCGGCGACGCACUUGCCCCAAGCACACCCACCCUCCCCACCCCCCGCCCCGCGCGACUGCGGCGCGUGCGCCCGCGCGAGACGACCUCCGCGGGACGGUGGGCCAGCGCCCCGCCCCGCCCUCUGGGCUCAGCUGGCAACCUCGCGUGGGACUGAGGCGCUGAGGAAGCGCAGGAGGGCGGCGGCCGGCUCCGACGACCGGUGGGUCCGGGUAGCAGUGGGCGGCCCCGACCAGCGCCCAGCUCUGUGGCGCCGGGUCUUCUCGGCGUUCGGGCCGCCAGCGGCAAGGUCAGUGCCGGCCCGGAGGAGGCGUCCCGAGAGGGGACUCCGCUGCGGCUCGCGGCUCGCGGCUCUCGUCGCCCGCCCGCCAAGGCGAAGCGUCCUGCCACCGCACCUGCCUGGGGAGCAUCACCGGAGAGUCAAACAAAGGGCUAAAGAUAGAACAUCAAGAGCUAGGAGACAUUCCCGAGAAGAAGCUGAGAAGCCGUGGGAGCUGCUCUCUGUCAUGAAAAGCCAGGGCUGGCUUCCUCAGGAGGGAAGUGUGAGGCGGCUCCUGUGUGCAGAUCCUUCCUGCCCCAUCUGCAAUGCUGUGGCUCUAGAGAUUCAGCAGUUGCUGGCGGGUGAGAACACCCUGAUCUCUCCCCCUUCAUCAGGGCCAUCGCAGGGCUCCUCUUGCCUAGAGAUUUUGUCCAUGUCUAGUCUCUCUUUGGAGCAGAGUCAGGGUUCCCUGCACUCCAAAGAUCUUUCACUUCCAUCUGUAACCCCCAUAAAGUUACAAUUAACGGAUCAGAAAUCCUUAACACAGUCAGCUGUCCAGUCAACCAGUGUCAGCCUCCAAGAUCACCAGGCUGAACUCCUUCAGCGAAGGAAGGGAUUUCAAGUGCCAGAUGUAUCCAGGGAUGCAGGAACUCGGUCUUCUUCAAGUGAGGAGCCUAGGAUUCCUGUGAAUCAGCAGGACAAGAGGAAGAGCCACUCUGAAUGUGUGCUGGAAAAACAAGAACCUGCAGAAGCUGGCUUGGGAAAUAAGGUGAAGCACUUUUCACACUGGAUUAAUCCUGAGAUGAAAGGUCAAGGGCAUAAAGAAUCCAUUCUCCUCUCUAAGGAUGAAACAGUGCCCAAACCCAUGACAAAAAUGGUUGAGAAGGCUCCACCCCCGACCGGACACCCUGUAAGAGGAGCCAAGUUGGAGAAGAAAACAGAGGAGGAGGGCAUGACCUUCUUUGAUGCCCCCCAGUCUCUGGACAAUGAACUCAAGGAACAAUCCCUUCAGCCCAGACACUCCUGGUUCCUAUGCCUUUCCCGAGAUGGCUCCAAGCAUUGUCCUCAGCUGACUUGUGCCACUCAACUAGAAAAUCCAUCCCACGUCUCAGCUCUCACCUCAGCAGAAGGCACUGGUCUACAGAAAGAGAAUACCCAGUCCGGGAAAAAGGAGUUCAUAGGUUCCCAAUCCUCUGCAUGCCCAUGAAAAAGGCUGUCAUCAUUUCUGUUAAUGUGCAGGUGAGGCAGGACCCUCUCCAAAUAUACUCUAUACCUCUAAGCAAAGAACCAUCUGUUUCUGCUUCCUUAUUUCUAAGGUUGUAUGUGAUAUAUAGAGUAAAGAAGGUAUAUA